CGCAAGAAGCUCACUGAAUAGAAAUGUCAGGUAGGAGAAUAAGGUGCAGUUGGUGUGGGGUUCAACUGACAGUGCCACCCAGAGCCCAAAAUAUCCAGUGUGCAGUGUGUAAAGCUGUCACACAGGUUCAACAACAUGAUCGUCUUCUGGGUCAAGCUCAAAGUUCACUUCAUGAUGCAACAAAUAAGUUGAAGGGAUUCCUUAAUACAGUUUCCAGCAAUAUUAAUUCAAUGGUAGCAGCAGUUAAUAGCUACCCUAUGCAGGCAUCGAGUUAUGGUAGUUAUGCCCAACCUGCAAGACCUAUUUCCUCACUGAUGCCUUUUUCAGCAAAAGGGAAGAAACGAGCAGUGUUAUGUGCAGUGAGCUACUAUGGACAGAGACAUAGGCUAAAAGGAACUGUCAACGAUGUAAGGUGCAUGAAAUAUUUUCUGGUUGAGAGGAUGGGUUUUCCAAAUGACUCCAUACUUCUUCUUUCAGAAGAAGAGCCCAAUCCUUCCUUGAUCCCGACGAAGUAUAAUAUCAGAAAGGCCUUGCACUGGCUUGUCCAAGGUUGCCAAUCAGGUGAUUCGUUAGUAUUUCACUAUUCAGGCCAUGGCUCACAACAGCGUGACUUGAAUGGAGACGAGAUAGAUGGGUAUGACGAAAUGUUGUUGCCAGUUGAUCACCAAAUUGAAGGAACAAUACUGGACGACGAGAUCAAUGCCACCAUUGUGAAGCCACUGCCCAGUGGCGCCAAGCUCCACGCCAUCAUUGAUGCAUGCCACAGCGGCACUGUCCUUGAUCUGCCAUUUUUGUGCAGAAUGAACAGUGAAGGAUACUAUGUCUGGGAGGAUCAUGGUUUCUUGUCAUCCACAUACAAAGGUACAAGUGGCGGGCUGGCCAUCUCCUUUAGCGCUUGUGAUGAUCAUCAAGUAUCAGUAGAUACCAUGGCUCUCUCAGGAAACGCUGUCACCGGAGCCAUGACGUACAGCUUCAUCCAAGCUGCACAAAAGGAACCCGGAUUGACGUAUGGUCGCCUGCUGAAUUCCAUGAGCCAGAUAAUUCGGGAUGCCAAAGCUGGAACACAUCUAAAUGGACCCAUUUCAGCUCUUUUGAGAAAAGUAUUGGGCACAGAAUUGUCACAGGUGCCACAAUUGUCGUCUUCUGCAAAAUUUGAUAUUUACUCGAAGCCAUUGAGUCUCUAGGAUGAGAAGACGUAGCCACAUUAUGAGGAUCUUCCGCUUGACUUGGAUGUAUAUGACUGUAUGUAGAUUGGGAAAUAUUUCGACCUUAAAAACCCAAUCAAUCACUAGUGUAACGAAACAAAAUUCGAAUGUCUGAGACCAGAUGUAGCACACAUCCCGCAAUCUCCCUUAUGUUGGCCGAGGCCCACAUUGUACUGAUCCAAGUAAAUAAACAAAUACUUCCUCCG